GAUGAGCGGUAAAGCCUCUGACUUGACGUUGGCUGUAAACAAGUGGCGGUGGUGGUGGCGUGGAGACUUGGCCGGGUCGCGCUGUGUACAGUGCCGUGGGUGCCGGGUCCCCAGCGUGGAGCGGCAGUGGAGGCGGCGAGACGAGGAGUGUGAGGAGGAGGAGAGAGCGAAGGGAAGCGAGGAGUGGAGAGAGGCACUCUAGAAGGAGUGUGACUGGGUGGGACAGGAAGAGCGGCGCCUCCAGCCGUUGUCUCCUGCUGCUGCUGCUUCCCCUACCCCCGUCUCCUUCAUCUUCUGUGCUCGCUGUCAUCAUCCUCUCUUCUCAUGUCCCCAGCCCUCUGGGCUCUCGCUCUGCCUUCUCUAUCUCCUCCUUCUCUAUCUCCUCCUUCUCUAUCUCCUUCUAUCCGCCGCCGCUCUUCUUGGCCCGGGAUCAGCUGAGACAUCACCCACCCCCACACACCGCGCCCUCGUGCGUGAAGCUCCGGUGGAGCCUGGACACCACCACCUCCUCCACCACCUCCUCCACCUCCUCCACCACCACCUCCACCUCCUCCACCACCACCCUCCAUCGUCUACCCCGGGAGGGAUCGACAUGGAUCGGGAAGAACGUGAAGCCUUGAGUCCCCUGCUCCAGGAUGUGUACGGAGCCACAAACGUUUCGGAGGGGGAUCUUCCCGGCCUGGACUCGGACUCGCCCGGAAUGGACUCCGAUGAUGGAGUCGGUGAGGGCUCGGGGCUCGGCAAUCGUGGAGAGCACACCACCACGUUUGCUCAGACGCUGCUGCACUUCCUCAAGGGGAAUGUGGGAACUGGCCUGCUGGGCCUCCCGCUCGCCGUGAAACACGCUGGGCUUGUGGUGGGACCCGUGUGUCUCGUGGUGAUGGCGAUUGUUGCUGUCGACUGCAUGCUGACCCUCGUGAGGUGCAGCCACUACCUGUGCAGAAAGCUGAAGCGUCCAACCCUGUGUUAUGGAGGCACUGUCAUGCAUGCUAUGGAGGUCUCCAACUUCACCUGGCUAAAUUCUAAAGGAUCUUGGGGAAAGAACGUGAUCAGCCUCUUUCUCAUCACCACUCAGCUGGGCUUCUGCUGUGUUUAUUUCGUCUUCAUGGCGGACAACAUCAAGCAGGUGGUGGAGCAGCGAACCAACGGCACCAGCGAGUCCGCGGGCGAAGAAGGCGCGCCGGGAGGCUUCGCGAUGGACAAGCGCCUGUACAUGCUGUGCCUGCUGCCCUUCAUCAUCUUGCUGUCGUUCGUGAAGAACCUGCGCUGGCUGGCUCCCUUCUCUGCCCUGGCCAACGUGUGCAUGCUGACCAGCAUCAUCAUUAUCUACUACUACAUGUCGACGAACAUUCCGAAAAAACUUGAUGUCAAGUACGUGGGAGAGGCCAACGCUCUCCCCCUCUUCUUCGGAAUGGCCAUCUUUGCCUUUGAAGGCAUCGGUGUGGUACUGCCGCUGGAGAACCGGAUGCGGGAUCCUGGCUCGUUCAAGCUGCUGCUCGGCAUGGGAAUGCUGGUGGUGACCUUGCUCUACUUGUCGCUUGGCACUCUGGGAUACGUGUGCUUUGGUUCCAAAGUGAUGCCCAGCGUGACCCUAAACCUGCCCAUCUCCAAUGGGCUGUACGAGUCGGUGAAGAUCCUCUUCUCCCUGGGAAUCUUCGUGAGCUACGGGGUGCAGUUCUACGUGGCGGCCGAGAUCAUCGCUCCCUUCUUCGUGGCCAAAGUCCCGCGGCGCUGGCAGCUGUCCGUGGACUUGCUGUGCCGAGCCGUGCUCGUGUGCAUCACAUGUGCCCUCGCCAUGCUCAUCCCCAAGCUCGACCUCGUGAUCGCCCUGGUGGGAUCCAUCAGCAGCUCGGCGCUCGCCCUCAUCAUUCCGCCCCUCCUGGAGAUCGUCACCUUCUGGCCGGAAUGGCGACGUCAGGGCGGCGCGGGCCGUGGGGAGGACACGGAGCAGUCCACCGCGGAGCUCAAGUCAGCCAUGAGGCCCUGGCAGUACUGGCUGGUGAUCGGUAAAAACUGCGUCGUCAGCUUUGUUGGCUUCGCAGGUUUCGUCGCCGGAACGUACGUGUCCAUCGUGGAAAUAGUCGCCCCAGAACCGCUGCCCAUUCCGGGUAACUUCUCGAGGCAUCUCCACGUCCUGUGAAUGGCAUCGAGACUCCCCCCCCCUCCCCCCACACCUCCCCCCUCACCCCCCUCACCCCCCCCCCCUUUGGCUUUUUUUUUUCCUCUCGGCAAAUAUUUUCGACUCGCGCGAGCGACAGACGCUCAGGUCUCUCUUGUUCCCCCCUCUCGACUUGGAGUACCUUAUUGCCAUAUGCAAAUUUGUAAACUUUGAAUUGAGAUGUACAUUAGGCGUACAGGGGGUGCAGUUCAGUUGUUUUGCGUCACGAGGUCCGGUCGCUGGGAUGGUCCGCUGGAAUGUUCUGCAGUUUGUUUUUAGAAUAAAAGUGCAGCAAAGGGACGAAUUCGCAGCAUGAUUAUGGCUUCGUUGUGCAACAGAGAAAAUAUAUACGGAGGGCUUUUGCCUGUGAUACCAGGCAGUGUGUACAUACGAAAAUUAAAAGCAAAUUGUCACUACAGUAAAAAUCACCGAUUGUAAAUGUUCAUCUGGAAUGUUGUGAAAUUGUACAAGUGCGACUCAUGACACGAGCAGGAGUUCACGUUGGGAAACCGGAUGAAUUGACGCCGUUCACAUUUCGGCUGCAGGUUAGCAACGUGCCUGUAGGUGGUGGUGGUUGUGGUACGAGAAAUCUGCAGGUCUUUGGAAUGUCCGUGUGCGUGCCAAUUUCCAGCCAACUCGCAGAUCCUCUUGAAAGCAACAGGGCCACCAAAGCUCCCAUAACGUUGGCCGUCCCGAAAUAGAUUUUUUAAGAUUUGCGUAAAACAGUCAAAACUACGCAUUGGUAUUACUGCGGCCCCCGGGGUGUCAUUUUGAACCGUCGACGCCAUCAGUGGGAGAGGUUGAGCAUCAAUAGUUUGGCCCAUUAUUUCAUGAAGUUACUUGCAAUGUGGUGCUGUUAUAUAUGGGGCUAACUGACGCUUGUUACGGAGUGCCAACAUUGCACAGUAUUGCAGGCGUGCGCGAAGCGCAUGUCCCUGUGUGGACCAACGUGGAGACAUCCUCCACGCCUAGUACAACUUUGGAUCGCAUUGGUAAAUUUGUAUUGGAAUAGUUUAACUUAUUCUGUCUACGUUGUGUGCAACUUAUAAAUGUAACUCGGUAAUUUGCACUAAUUAUUUCUCGGUUCACCGCACGAUGCACUGUGUUGUUGCGAGUGCCAGUACCUCUCCUGCUUUAUUAAGUGUAGUGGUGAUGAUCCUUAUGGGUUAUUAUUUUUUAACCACAAUUUGUCAGAACGGUGUUAUUUUUUAAUGAUUUAUAAAAAUGCUUUACCCCUUUCGCA